AUGGCAUUGGCAGGACGCAAAGCUUCCCAUAAAGGCCUCAAAAUCUGCUUGGCCACGACCAUCAUCUUCCUGCUCCUCAUCAUUGCAGUUUCAGUCACCUUGUUCUUCACUGUCUUCAAGCCCAAGCAGCCCCAGGUUACAGCCCACCCCGCAAGCAUCGACACCAUUCAACUCCAAAUCUACCCUACUUUCAGCCUCAACGCCACACUCGGCUUAGUCAUCACCAUCAACAACCGCAACUAUGGCAGCUUUAAGUACAAGAACACCACGGCUUCCAUCAGCUACCAUGGAGCUUCAAUUGCAGAAAUUCCAAUCGAGCAUGAUAUGGUGCCUGCUCGAGGCCAGCUUAACAUCACGACUUAUGCGAAUGUUACUGGAGAGAAGAUGGUUUCUAGCCCUUAUUUCUGGGACGAUGUUCGUGGGGGCAGAUUGGAGUUCUCGUCGGUGGCAACUUUGCAUGGGAAAGUGAGUGUCAUGAAGAUAUUCAAGCUGGGUGCAGAGGUGGUUAGUACCUGUGAGAUUUCUAUGGUUAUUCAAACCCUAGCUUUGGAGUCCAAGUGCACUUCCAAGAUCAAGCUGUGA